CUUUAUGUACGUUUUUGAGUUAACUUUGUUUUUCGAAAUAAAAGCACGUAUACGGAUCCGGAUGUUUUUCAAAUGAGUACUACGUGUAUUAAAUAAAAACAAACAAUAUAGGGAUGUGUGUUCAUUACAGAUAAUAAUCGUGAACGCGAAGUCUCGCGACGGAAUAAAUAAAACUUUAUUGUUUAGUUAGAAGUCUAAAAUAUCUAAGGAAAAACGGGAAAUCUGAUUGAAGUACAAGAAAGGAAAGUGGUUGGAAAUAAGUAAGUGGAAUUCAGCAAAACGUAUUCAUGAGCAUGAGGGCGAAAAUGACGUCAUUGAUUUUCAUCUGUUUCUGGCUCGUGGUCAAAGUAAUUUAAAUAGGAGUGACAGUGACCACAACCACAAGCCCCGCCCCUAUCGAUGACAAGUGCAGUUAUGACGUAUUCAAAAAUUGCACAGACGUAUUUGUAUCUCUGGUUAACAUCACAGGUGGAUCAAUUGAUGCGGACGCUCUAUUGGACUUCUAUUGUAGUCCAAACUAUUCAAGUACAAUUGACUGUUUGAGAGAUCAUUUAGACCCAACCUGUGGUCCUGACACUGGUGCCUACGUCUUUAACAGGUCACUGGCCGUAAUGCCUGCUAACUUCUCUUACGAGAAUUAUUGUAAAAAUGACAGUGCUAAAGAGUUUGAAAAGCUUCUUCAAUGUCAAACCAUGUUCAGCAAAGUUCUUGGAUUUGUGGAUUGCGUGACUGGUACAACUCUCAACAAGACCAUAGACUUUACUGAUACAUGCGGAUUUCUGCAGACGUCAUUUGGUUGUUCGUAUAAAUACACGAAAAUCAUGUGUCCUAGUUUUGUAAAAACGUUCGUGGAAUCUUCUGAAGACAGUUUAAAGAAUUGUAAUAUUGAUGAACUUGAAACUGUUGAGGAGGUUAUAGUAUGUGAUAAAGACAUGGAGCGAGCAUGCUUUGUUGCUUAUAAGCCCCCGCCAGUGACCAGUAACUCUAGCGAAUUUGCCGACUUUAUAUGCAGUGAAAGGAGCCGUGGAUUGCAGACUUGUUUACGCACGGUAUAUGCCAUGUGUAAAAACAGCACUGACUUCAACCGUUCCUCGGUAGACAAAGAUAUACAGAGUUAUGAAACACACACUGCCGUGUUUUGUUCUGAAAAAGGUAAAGCAAUGGAAGAAUGCCAAGCAAAGUUCUCCAAACUAAAUGCUUUUCAAGAUUGUAUAAUGGGUAAAACGUUAAACACAACAAUUGACCCCACUGACACGUGCUU